GACAGUAGAUCCCCCGGGAUCCUGCCUGAGUUCCGCGAUGCCCGAAGUCGGGCCGCGCGCGGCUGAGUGGAACUUGGGUGAGCCGAGGCUCACCGGGGAGGAGCCUGGCGCGGCUGCUCCGAUGGGAAGGAGUGCGCUGUUGGAUUCUUUCCUGAGGGAUCCGGUCUAAGGGAUCUGGUGGGCGGGAGGGCUGUCCGUGUGCUGUGUGUGGAGUGUGUGUGUGUGUGCCGUGUGUGUGCCACUGGCUCAGAGGGGAGGAGGAUCGAAGAGGGAGCCAGCGGAAAUACAGCCUUCCAGCAUCGGGAUCCCAGCGGAUCCCAGGGAAUCUCAAGGGCGGAACCUGCGGGGACAAAGGCUCAGGAAGGCUCGGGCCUCCGCAAUACCAGAGUUUCGCGGCAGGUGCCAGGCAGUGCCCGAGUGAUCCGCUGAUCGAGCCGGCGGCAGCGGGAGGACGCCCGCUCCGGGCGGCCUGAAGGGGGCGCCCUUACGCUCCCCAGGGCUCGAGAGCCUGUGGGCUUCCCGGAGCCGCAGGCGGACCAUGAAGGGUGGAGCCCCGCGGGAGGGACCGGCCCUCACUCCCCGCUCCCCUGCUCCCCCCUUGCCCCAGGCCGCAGCCUGGGAUCCCCCAGGGACCCCCUGGAUCCGCCGCUUCCCCCAUGGACUUGCCUGGGGACUCCAGCCAGUCUAACCAGACGAAUUUGUGCCGUCAGCCCCUGACUCGAGCAUUAUGGGGAGCCAGAAGCCCGAAAAGACCGAGGCUGCAACAGCCUGUAGGGGCCCCUUCGCCCCUGGAAAAGGCAUCUCGGCGGGUCCUAGCCGUGGUGCUGGAAGAUAUCAUGGCUACCCACAUGCACCCCUUGGUUCCCCAAAGGGAUACACCUGUCCCACAACACCACAGCAAACAUAAGGAUUCUGUGUGCAGUCAGUCACUUGCCUCUCCACCUCAAGUCAAGUGGUCCUCACAGGCCAGGCCUCCCGACUCGCUGCAUUUGUGUCGAGAGCCCUUAAGCCGAAUCCACAGGUCCUCUUCUACUCUAAGGCUGCGAUCACAAACAACCCCUGGCCCAGAGGAGGGCGCUUCACAAAAGGUGGACCAGGGCCCCCAACCAACCCUGGUAGUGGUGUUGGAAGACAUUACUAGUCCCAGACUCCAGGCUGAGAGCUACGCCAGUGACAGCCCCAGCCUCUUCUCUGCACAAAGCACCUCCAGAAGCCCUAAGGGACAAAGGAAGUGCUGGCCUAGGUGGGAUCUGGACUCCGAAGCUCCCCCAUCGCCCCUCCAUCCCAGAGCUGAGCCCGUGACAAUGGCUCACCAGCUCCCACCUACACUCGGAGACUCACAGCCUCCAUUCCAGCCAUCUAUCCUGCCUGCGGACCCUCCACAGAGCCCACUACCAGCCCCAGAUCCUGUUAUGGAGCCCCCAUCGACCCCACCACCGUCCAGCCUCUUACGCCCUCGCCUCAGUCCCUGGAGUUUGGCCCCCCUUUUCCGCUCCGUCCGCUCUAAGCUAGAGAGCUUCACUGAUAUCUUCCUCACACCCAACAAAAUCCCAAAGCCCCCACCCCCAUCACCCCCCAUGAAGCUAGAGUUGAAGAUUGCCAUCUCUGAGGCCGAGCAGUCCAAUGCUACCAAGGAAACUGCAACUGUCAGCCCCCGGCCCCCGAUCCACCAAUGGCGAACUCAGGGCUGUAGUACCCCAGCACCUUCCCCUAAGCUCUCUCUAGGCCGAAGCCACUCCUGCCCUGAUUUGGGGCCUGCUGGCCCAGUCAGCUACACCUGGCCCCCUGCUCCACCCCAGCCAAGCCGGCCAAGGCCUCGGCGCCACACUGUGGGUGGUGGGGAAAUGGCCCGAGCCCCACCACCACCCCGGCCCUGUCUCCGGAAAGAGGUCUUCCCUCUUGGAGGAGUGGGAGCCUCUCCUCUCACCACAUCUUGUUCGUCCACUGCAUCCACUUCUUCCUUCUCUGAACCAGCAGAACCCAGGUUGGGUUCAACCAAGGGGAAGGAAACAAGAGCCUCCAAGGACCAGGUGCUUUCAGAACCAGAGACCAAGGCUAUGGGAAAGGUUUCUGGAUUCAGAAUACGCCGGACACCCGUCCGUCCUCAGCUAAAGCUCACGCCAAUGGGGCUCCCUCGACCAAUCAGGUUGAACAAGAAGGAGUUUAGCUUGGAAGAAAUUUAUACCAACAAGAAUUAUCAAUCGCCAACAACCAGGAGGACCUUUGAGACCAUCUUUGAGGAGCCUCGGGAGCGCAAUGGGACUCUGAUUCUUACCAGUUCAAAGAAGCUCCGGCGGGCUGUAGAAUUUCGGGACAGCAGCCUUCCUCGAUCCCGGCGGCCAUCUCGUGGCAUCCGAGCUGCACCUAGCAGGACCCUUACUCCCAAGGUGUCACCCAGCAAAGAUGUGGGAGCCCUGCUACAGCAGCGUCUGGAGGAGCUUGACGCCUUGCUCCUGGAGGAAGAGUUGGAUGGGAAGCAGCCCCAUCAACCCUAGGAGCUCCAGCUGUUUUGUCCUGCCAUCCAUCCUGGAGGGGAAAACCUCUGAAGCAAUUAUAUUUUUUUCCUCUAUAUUUCUAAGUAAAGUUUUCAAUAUGUUUGAUU